CUGUGUUUCCAAUUUCCUGCUAGCUGUCUAGCUUCUAGUUCUAGGCUCAGAGGACUUUAAGUGAUCAGAAAAGUGGGUAUGGCAAAUAAAAUGUACUUCUGUAAUUCUUUGUGAAUAUUGUUUUUCUUUUGCUGCUUCUCAGUUCCCUGGCCUCUUCCUCAGUAACUACCAACUAGAACUCGACUUCGCCCAGCGAGGCUGGUCUGUGGGGGAGGUAUUGCGCAUGCCCACUUGCCACGAGGAGAGGGGACGGACACCGAGGAAAGCCGGAACAGCUGAGCACGCGCACGCGGCACAGUGAGAGGAGCGGUGGGUCGCGCGCGGGUGAGACGAUCCGAGCCGAGAGGAGCCGAUCCGAGCCGAGCGGACUCAAGUAGGAGGCGUGCGGGAGCUUUGCUCGAGCUUGUGCUCCUAUUACCCAGGCGGGGACCAGUUCGCCUGGCGAGGCAGCGAUCGUCUAUCCCCGUCAUGGCUGCGUUACGCUACGCGGGUCUGGACGACACGGACAGUGAAGACGAGCUGCCGCCAGGCUGGGAAGAGAGGACCACCAAGGACGGCUGGGUGUACUUCGCCAACCACACUGAAGAGAAGACACAAUGGGAACAUCCUAAAACUGGAAAAAGAAAACGAGUAGCAGGAGACUUGCCCUAUGGAUGGGAACAAGAAACCGAUGAGAAUGGACAAAUAUUUUUUGUUGACCACAUAAAUAAAAGAACCACAUACUUGGAUCCACGACUGGCAUUUACUGUUGAUGACAAUCCAAAGAAGCCAACAACCAGACAGAAAUAUGAUGGCAAUACGACUGCUAUGGAAAUACUUCAGGGUCGUGAUUUCACUGGAAAAGUGGUUAUAGUUACUGGAGCUAACUCAGGAAUAGGAUUUGAAACUGCAAAAUCUUUUGCCCUCCAUGGUGCCCAGGUCAUCCUGGCCUGCAGGAAUAUGGCAAGAGCUAAUGAAGCAGUGUCACGCAUUUUAGAGGAGUGGCACAAAGCCAAGGUAGAAGCCAUGACCCUAGACCUUGCUUCCCUCCGAAGUGUACAGAACUUCGCUGAAGCAUUCAAGUCCAAGAACAUAUCUCUGCAUGUGUUGGUCUGCAAUGCUGCUGUCUUUGCCCUACCCUGGAGCCUCACAAAAGAUCAUCUUGAGACUACCUUCCAGGUGAAUCAUCUGGGACAUUUUUACCUUGUCCAGCUCCUUCAGGAGGUAUUAUGUCGCUCAGCCCCAGCUCGCAUUGUUGUAGUCUCUUCAGAAUCUCACAGGUUUACUGAUAUUAAUGAUUCCUCAGGCAAACUUGAUUUGAGUCUGCUUUCUCCAUCUAAGGAAGACUUCUGGUCCAUGCUAGCAUACAACCGUUCCAAGCUUUGCAAUAUACUCUUCUCUAAUGAGCUUCACUGCCGCUUGUCUCCCCAUGGAGUCACCUCUAACGCUGUGCAUCCUGGCAAUAUGAUAUACUCAUCCAUUCAUCAAAACUGGUGGGUGUACACCCUGCUGUUUACCUUGGCCCGGCCUUUCACCAAAUCCAUGGUUGACAUCACAGGUUGCCACAAGAAAUCAAACAGGAAUAUUUGGGGAAUUCUGAAGAAGCUGUAGAUGACAGGCAAAGGACAGCAGACAACACAGAGAAAGCUUAGAAGCUAUAUAACCUAUGACCAAACACUUAAUCCAGAUUUUAAAGUAAGGUACUAUAAACAUCCAAUAAAGUCCAAUAAAGGAAUCCAAUAAAAGAAAAAGAAAAAAAAUUCAAACUUCUUCUCUGGUAUGAAGAGAGGGUCAAAAAAUUUUACAUGGAUUUUCAAACUACCUCUAUGAGUAAAAGUUAAUAAUAGCAAACAUUUCUAUAAAGCUUUAUGGUAUGCAAAGACUUUUACGUGUAUUUUAUAAUUUGAAUUGAUGUUUACAACAACCCUGGGAGUCAGGUACAAUUAUUAUCCCCAUUUUAUAGAAAAGGAAAUUGAAGCCAAGAGAAGUUGUAACUUGUCUAGGACUACAAAAUAUAGAUAUGAGGCAGGAUUUGAAUACUUUUUUUCUGAUACCCAGUGUGCAUUGUUGUACUUCAUCAUUUUUUAAAUCCAUUACCUUCUGUCUUAGCAUCAGUUCUAAAACAGAAGAGUGACCAGGGAUAGACAAUUAGAAUUAAGUGACUUGCCCAGGGUCACAUAAUUAGGAAGUGUCUGAAACUAGAUUUGAACCAGGUCCUCCCAACUUCAUCCACUGGUGCUCUUUCCACUGUGCUACCUAACUGCCCCUUAAAUCUUAUCUCAUGGAAUGCUCGUCUACAUCUAUUCAUGUCAUUCAUGAAGAAACUACUCAGCACCCUGGAUAACUUUCUCAGGUGCUUAUACCAUCUCCCUGAAGCCCUCUAUGAUCCCCUCAUUGCUGUUCUGUGAUCAGACCACUUCUUUUUUUUUUUCUAAUUAUGCAGGAUGAUGUUAAUCAACAUUGCAUAUAAACUUUAAAAGCAAGUGCUUAAAAGGAUACAAAAAGGAGUAUUGUGUGGAAAAACCUGUCACAUUAAAGUCAGGAGAAGAAACCAGAGUAUGAACCUCACCUCUGACACUUACUAGCUGCUGACGUGGGCAGCUCAUUUCUGGAAGGUCUGGUAUCAUCAUCUAUAAAAUGAGGAAAACGAUACCGUGUCGAUCGUACCUACCUCAUAUGGUUGAUGUGACGAUCCAGAGAGAUCUAAAAUAUAGGAAGCAUCAUUAAAAGAGAUAACGUAUAUAUUUUGCAAGCCUCAAAUCAACACAGAAAUGUUAGCAAUUACUAUUAUUAAAGUACUAUAUAAAUGUCAGCUUUGAUGAUCAUAGAUCCACUUCUAUCUAUCUUCUAGGCUCCAAAUUCCAGCUUUCUGAUUCUUGCCCAUUUCUACAUCAUAGAGCCUCUGAAUUGACUUUCAUUUUCCCCCGCCUCCUUUUAAAAUCCCUCUCUAUAUCACUCAUGGAAGGGAACCACAGAAUCCUGGUUUGCCUCCAAUGACCUUGUCCAAAGGCUUUGGAAUUUACUUCAGAAAAUAACAUGAAACCGCCAGCCAGCCAGAUCAACAAUAACAUGCCGAGUGCCAUAACAUCUCACAGGGGAUAGAUGCACGGGUGACUUGGUGGCCCUGAACACUUAAGUGAUUUUUUUUCUUUCCAAUUUCCUGUGGUACAUUAACUUUUAUUGAUAGCUCAGGGCUCCAGCAACUAGUCUUGAUUUUACUAACUUGCAGGACAGAUGAACAAGAGGCACACACCGCUGACAUGCAAAAAAAAAAAAUUAGCGUGUUUCAUCUUGAUGGUUCUCAAUUUUCUUUCCUGCCAAAAGCUUACAUUUAUUGUGAGCUAAUCAUGUCCCCAGCUACCAACAUGGUAAAAUGGCCACUUAGAGUUCCCAUGAAGGGUCAACUCCUUCUGUUUGCACAUCAUCUUUGAGUCAGCAGAGAAUCAGGAAAUCGGCAUUUCUUACUUCUUACCUCACCACUUCAGAAGUUGAGAUUUAGAACUGUAAGGGAUCAUGGAAGGCAUCUUUAAAACCCCUUUAUCUUGAAGACAAGGAAACAGCAUGAGAGAGAUUACGUAGCUAGCCCAAGGUUGCCUAGAUAGUAAAUGGAUUUGAAUUAGCUAGGAUUUGAACCCAGGUCUUCUGACUUGAAAUCCCACAAAAAUGAGAUGAUAACAGUCUGACACAAAGGAUGCACUAAAUAAAUGCUUCUUCCCUCUCAUCCUCUUCAUUGUUCCACACAGGCUACUUUCAAACAUCAAUAGUUGGGUGCAGUGAACAUUACAAGUUAUAGGUAUAAAAAUAGGAGCUGAAUAAAUAACGAUAAGAGAACCGUACUCUAGGAAGGAAAAAAAUCUGGUUUUAUUCUUAGGCAGAAACUCACUAUGUGACAUUAGAAAAUUCCCUCUUUGUCCUCUCCAGUCCUCAGUUUCUUUGUAUGUCAAAUGGCAGGUUUGGAUCAGAUUGACUUCUGAGUUCUCUUCCAUCUCUAUGGACCUGUGACUUCUUUUUCCUUUUUAGAUCACAAUCCCUCAACUUUGACUCUUUGGGAUAGUUGUUAUUUCCCUAACACACAAGACCACAUAUAAGCCCAAAACAAUAUAGUAUUUUAUAACAUUCUCUGUUCUAUGCCUCCUAAAAGGAAAAUUAUCCAAACUGUAAAACCUCAGAACUUGGCAAGUUAGCACACACAUACAGACAUGUAAUAUAUUUGUAGAUACAUAAUUUAUAUUGAGAGGUAGUGUUGCCUCAUGGUUAGUUCAGGUCCCAUCUCUACUCCACGCUGUUUGUGACACUGGGUGAGUCACUUUAUUUCUCAGUACCCAGAAAACUCACAAUGUUUCUGGGUGGCAGAGAAGAUGCAUAUUUUCAUGUCUAGAACCAGGUUCUCACCAUUGGUCUCCUACACUUCUGAGAUCACAAAUAUGUCCAUCCAGUAAAAAAAAAAAAAGAAUCAAUAUACACACACAUAGCUUUAUAUAGAGAUAUAUCUCUGUAUACAUAUGUUACCAUUCUCUAGGGCUUUGUGCCUUACAAAACACUUUUCUCUCAAUAGCUCUGGGAGAUAAAUAAUGCAAAUAUUAUUAUUUCAAUUUGAUGGAGGAGAAAAUCAAAGCUUGGGAAACAGAAGUGACAUACUGACAGUUACACAGCUAAUAAGAAUUUAAGUCCUAUCUAAAACCCUCAGUGAGAUAUUUACAUAUAUAUGCACACCAUAUAUACACAAAUAUAUACAUGUAUAAUAUAUACGUAUAAAUACACACUUAUAUACAAUAUGUUUACAAAUAUACAAAUACAGAUAUACAAAUAAUUUUUCUAUGGCUCAGUUUUCUCAUCUGUAAAAUAGUAAUAAUAAUCCCUGAAUUAGUGACUUCAGAGGAUUAUUGUGAUUAUAAUAAUUAUUAUUAUUUUCUAACAUAAAGGGCUACCAAAAUAAAUAAUAAUAAAUGAUAUUUACAUAGUGAGAUACUUUUAUUAUCACUUAUACUAAUUCAUUAGUCAUAAUUUCUCUCUCUCUUCUUCUCUCUUUAGUCCCCAUUCCUCUUGGCUAAUGCUGUCCAAAACUUGGUUAAUGCUUGCCUAAAAAUAGAUAAGAGUCUUCACUAUACAUUGGAUCUGGGGGUCCAAAUCAUAACCCAUAUGUUUCAUCACCCAUGAGACCUGCAUAAUUCCUACAGGAGGAUUCGUGUUUUAGAAUGGGAGAAUAUCCUAUUAUUCAGCACUUCAAGGAGGCAUGAUUUCAUCAGGGUGGGUUUUCUCUCCAGAGAUUAUUUCUGUGAAUGCUUCAAGCUGUCAAUCUAUGAUCCUCUGACAUGGUCAGAUCCCACCCAGUAAAAGGCUAUUGAAUGACUCUGUGCUGUAGUUGAAAAAUGAAUUUGAAAAGAGGCAACAUUCUACUAGUUAACCUAUCCACAUUUAGCUUGAUUGGUCUUCAGGUAACAUACCAGAAGACCUCUUUCUAGAGGCAGCAUUGGUCACUUCUCAGCUUUUUGGUUAAGAUCAAGUCCCUAGAGACAGCAUUGCAAAGUGGUUAGAUUGCUGGAUUCAGAGUCAGGAAAAUGCAAGUUCAAAUCCUUUUGCCGGAUAUUUUAUUAAAUGUUUGACCCUAGGAAUUAACUACUUGGUGGCUCAAUUUCCUUAUUAAUACACUGGGAAUCAUGUGAUAUUAAGUAAUUACCUCUUUGUCCUCUCUAAUUCCUCUCCAUAGAGUUGGAUUUUUAUCUAUUUGCAUAUUUGUUUGUUUGGUUUGGUUAUUGUUCACUCAUUUUGUCCUCUUGGCUUUUUUGUUUGUUUUUGUUUUUGUUUUUGUUUUUUAAAGAGUCCCAAUAGAAACAGUCCAGGGUCAGGUGACCCUGCAUCCAUGAGUUAUUCUUUUAUAUUUAAAAUCUUCACAUUAUUGCCCAAGUCUGUGUAAAACUGCUUGUUAGAGUUGAAUAAGCCUACAGUUUUAAUCUCUCCUUCUGUAAGUACACUGAAAAUACCCUCAGUAUAAAUCCAGUGGCCAACAGGAAGAUGGGAAGCUUGUACUUCUUUCUUUCUUGCCAGGGUUUUUAUUUCUUCUCCUAAGUAGCCCUCUGUGUUUGGAAAGCUUUUGGGUUUCAUUCAGCUUUGAGCUUAUGAGCAUUUGAUAUGGUGACCUCUGGUAAAAACACUCUUCUUAAAUUUUUAUGAACCAAUUUGGAGAUUUGGUACGACAGUUGAGUCUAAGAAAAUGUUUAUUGGUUUUCUCAAGGUUAUUUUGAAGUCUUUAUUUGGUGAAUGGGGAUUUGUCUUUUAUACUGUACCCUGAAGUAGGUUUAACUUGGUAAGACCAACCCAAUCUAGCCCUCUGAUGGCAUCACUAAGCCAUUCAUCAAGGAGACAUCAUAGAAAAAGGCUGUGGAAGAGGUAGGUCUGAAUAGGAUUCUGAUAGUCCUACAAAUGAGCCAAAUUAUUGCCACUGAACAAAGAGAAAGCUGAUUUUUGUGUGUGUGUGUGUGACUAAUGUGUUGUUUCUGGUUCUUCUAACUAACUAUAUGUACUACGCACUCCCUUGAAUCGCCAUAUCGGAGUGGAGAUGAGGAAGGAGGGAGAUAAAACGGAAGGUGAGGAGAUGUGUGUGGGCACUCUAAAACCUUGCUGCCAAGUCAUUCAGGGCACUUGGGAUGGACAGUUUCUCAGUGACACCUUUAUAGCAAUGGUUCAUUUGGUCUUUGAUCAAGAUGGCUGUUUUGUCCACAAACAACUUCCAAUUCAUUUCCACCUUUCGCGACCCAGGUGAUGCUAUAGGUCUUAAGACUGCACCACCUGGCACAGUUGAGUGACUCCAAAGACUUAGUUACAGUCUGAUAGGAACAGAGAAUGGGGCAUCCCAGGAAAAUGUAGCCAGAGAACUCGGGCCCUGAGUGUCCUGUGGAGUUGGCUUUGUGUUGAGUUCCCAUGACUUAUUGUCAGCUGAGUCAGAGCCCUUAGCCCUAGUCUUUCUCUCACCUCCAGCUCAGGCUUCUGCAUUGUGGCAUUUCAGCCUAUAUCCAAAAUGUCUUGUGCUGCUUGUGCCAGCCAAAUUUCAGAAGGAGACAAGAGCGUGGACUACAAUUCAUGUGGAAAAAUCAGUACCUGCAUGAUUGAUCAAGUCUCAGCCAAUGUGCUAGGAAUAUAUGCAUAAAUAAAUAUAUAUAUACAUAUAUAUUCAUGUAUGAAGGUGUAUAUAUACCUAUAUUUUAUAUAUAACAAAUUUAUAUUUAAGUAGAGAAACUGAGUGUAUGAUUACAUUUUUAAUGUUAAUUUUUUGGGAUUCAAAAUUUGUGGUAACAUGUUACCUAAACUGGAAGCUGCGAUUGUUGGGAUGCCUUUAUCCUAUCCCAUCCCCACCUUUUGUCCAUGUGUAUGUCCAGUCCUGUAAUUUCCUUGGAGUAGGAAUUCCUAGUUUGGAAACUACUUAUGAGUGCAGAUCAGAGGCUUUUAAGAAACUUUUAUUCACAGAGAAUUAUCAGGGGCACUGAGGUAAUAAUUCAUAGCCUAUUGUCAUACAACCAUUAGAUCUUCCUGGUCCUAUAUCUAUGAUACUGUCUUACACCUUAUAUUAUAGUUAUUUGGUCUUUUUAUAUAUACCAUUUAUUUGUUAAAAUGGCUUUUUGUCAAAUAACUGCGAUUAAAAAUUAGAUUCAAACGUGUAUGUUAUCUACAAUAACUUGCUCACAAGAAGUGGCAUAACAUAUUCCACUGAGAAUGUUUGACUAGAGAAUGAGAUAGUUCAGCAAAAGCAAGGGAUAAAAGAAUGAUAGCUUGUGUGCUACCUCAAUCGCCACCAGAUAUUAGAACAAGGGAAAGUCCUUCAAUACAUUAGGGUGAACCUCUAGGGAGACCCAUGAAAGGAUAUAAACAAGAAUUAUGUAAAGGAGUGGGAUCUGACUGUCACUAGUGAUUCUACGAUUCCAGUAAAGAAUUGGGGAAAUCUUAAGUGAUCAUUUUUGGGAGGCUCUAGACAACCCCCUAAGAUUCAUAUAAUUUUAUGAAACUUUCCUUUCUUUUCCAAGCUGAAAAUUCUCUUAGAUUCUUAUUUCUCUGCUUGAUUUCUUCAAGAUACUUAAGUUCUACCUUGUAGUUAUUUGUGAACUUGUUUCAUCUUCCUUCCACUGGAGUGUAGGCUUCUUGCAAGUAGAAACUGUCAUUUUUCUUCUUUGUAUGCUCAACGCCAGGCAGGGGGCCUUUCAUACAACAGAGACAUAUUGGAUGUGGAUAUCUGGAAUGUGAAUAUGAGUAAACAUGUGAGCAAAUAUGACUACCUGGACAAAUAAGGUCAGGAUAGGUUUUGGCGAUUUUAUGUGAAGAUUAGGUAGGCUUUUUUGCCAUUCAGCUGGCUUACUUUUAACUCUCUUGUUUUGAUACGUAGCCUUUCAGAGCAUGAUUGAUUCUCUUUCUUCCUGUGUGGCAUCAUUUGCUUUUAUCCAAUGACGCAAAGACUCAAUGAUCCUUUCAAAUUGACUAAGAACUUAUUCACACCUAGUUUACUUUUUACUGAUUGGUUCAGCUGAACUAUUUGGACCUUCCAUCGUUAAUUGGGAUGGGGGAGUCCCUACUUUUCACCGUUAAAUCUAUUUUCUGGAGAGAGACUUAAAAAUAUGAUCAUCUCCUUAUUGGGCCAGCUUAUGGGGCCAUCAAGCUUGCCCAGUGAAUCCUGGCUUCAAAUGUGACCUCAGUCAUUUCCUAAUUGUAUUACCCCAAGCAAGUCACUUAACCCCAAUUGCCUAUGCAAUUUAUUGCUCUUCUGCCUUAGAUCCAAUACUUAGUAUUAAUUCUCUGACAGAAGGUAAGGGUUUAAGAAAAACUAUGCAGUGAAUAGAGUAUGGAACACCUGAGGUCAAAUUCAGCCUCAGACCCUUACUGGCUGUAUGUCACGCAAUCGCUGUCUGCCUCAGUUUCUUUAAGUGUAAAAUGGCAUAGCACCAACCUCCCAGGAUGUUUAUAAGGGGCAAGUGAGAUAAUUUUAUAAAAUACUUAGCACAGUGUCUAGCACAAAGUAGACACUUAAGAAAUAUUUGUUCUCUUUCUCUUCCUUACUAUCAAAGUCAGCUUCUUUUUAAAAAAAAAUGCAAAAAAAAUCAUCUUCUUAAUUCAGAUCAGGCAAUGGAGUUGCUUAUUCUAUGAGUGUGAAUUCUAACAUAGGGGUAGCAGAUAGUAUGCAGAUAGAUUAACCUGAUAAGGAUACUCCAUGCAGAAGAAAUAGGGAGCUGGGGGUUCUUUUCUCACUCUCUGAUCUGUCACUAUUAUUAGGCACACAAAUAGAUUCUUUCGUAUGAAGGAUCAGAGUGUGGUAGUAGCUCCAACAGUCAUCUUAUCUCGAAUACCUUUAAAAACAUAUAUGGUUCUCUGGGAAUGCAGGCGCUUCCCUGUGUUUCUUCUGAAUUAAUUGAUCCUUCAUUUUCGCUAUCUGACAUGAUAAGCACAACGUAACAGCCUACGCUGCUCUUGAUGGCCCCACGUAAGAGGUGCCAUACUUUAAAUGGAACUCAGUCACCCAAACUGUAGUGAAUAGAGAACCUCCAUCCGGCAUGAGAUGAUCUGGGUUUGAAUCCCAGCUCUGAAGCUCAGCACCUCUUUGCGCCUGGCUGUGCCCAUUCACCUGCCUGCCUCGGUUUCUUCAACUGCAACCUGAAGAUAAUGGUGCUUACGUGUCCUGCCUCACGGGGAUAUUGUGAGGAAAACACUAAGCCCUGCUCGGUCUUGGGCACUGUGUCCUCAUAAGCUUUUUCUUGGAGUUCCGAGGUCUUAGUCUUUGACCUGUGCACAUCCUUCAUACGCUUCCUCCCACGUGGUCACUUUUCACUCUGAGUGUUCAUCAGGGAAAUCCAAAUCAGUGAUGUCUCUAUGAGCCCUCCCCCCUCCCCCAAAUGAGGGAAACUGAAGUCGAUUUAAGCACACCUGCAGGGGCUCAUUGCUGCUAGAUCAUAGCUCCCGUUCCUGGGUAAUGGGCCUGAGCAGCUAGUUCUUCUAUUUUCCUUGAUACAAUCACUCCUCGGAAAAGGUGAUUGACUUACAGGUUUCCAGGACUGUUCUGCUACUUUACAGACUGUCAGCAAAAGUACGCACUGACUUAACUUGCAAACUCCUAACGGAAACGCUGGAUAUCCCAUCUGAGCGAGACUGUUGGGCAUGGCCCGGGUUCCAGAGCUAGAAAGGACGGCCGAAUAGGGAGCGGCGGAGCGAGAAGUGACCUUAGAGUUGACCGCCUUGGCUGGAGCUGUUGGGGGCGGUUUUAUUUGCAGGUGACAUAAAGCUGGGAUGGACCACCAACACGCUGAAUGAAAGACCGGGAGCCCGACAGUCACUGUGGGUCAGAUAUCAUCAUCUUAAAUAGCAUUCAGAAACUCAAGACCUCUCUUUAAGUAUCUGAAGGACUCACUUGUCUAAGAGGAAGACUAUCUCGGCCUGACUUCAAAAAGCAGAUUCAGAGGCAGAUUCAAGUUCAGAAAAGGAACUUCGCAGGCACAAGGGGACGCUUUGCCUGAUGGUAUUUCUUACAAGAAAGACGUUGAUAUGAGUCUACUAAAAACUCAGUGAGCCAAUAAUUUGAGAACAGCAGGAAAAAAAGAAGAAACAAAACCCCACACCUAAUACUGUCCUGGGCAGCUAGGUGGCAUAGUAGAGAGAAUACACUUCCCAGCUGGGUGACACUGGGCACGUCUCUUAACCCUGUUUGUCUUAAUCCACUGGGGGGGAAAUGGCACACCUCUUCUGUGUCUUUGCCAAGAAAACCUGCAGUGGGGGUCACAAAGAAUCAGACAGGACUGAAAACAGCUCAACACCAAGAGCAAAGCUUUUCUUGGCUAUAUUGAGAGGUGUCAUGCCCUCAACGAGGGAAGCCAUCGUUCUGUUGUCCUCUGUCCUCAGGGGGCCACAUUUUUGGAGAGACAUUCACACAUUGCAGUCACUUUGGAAGAGAUUGAAGGGAGGACAGAGACCAUGCCAUAUGAGGAUGAAAUGAAGGACUUAAAGGCCAUUUAGCCUGGAUAAGAGAUUUCAGAGAAACUCAAGACCUCUCUUUAAGUAUCUGAAGGACUCACUUGUCCAAGAGGAAGACUAUCUCGGCCUGACUUCAAAAAGCAGAUCUAGAAGGCAGAGGCAGAUUCACGUUUAAUAUAAGAAAAAAUUGAGUUGUACCAAAAAAAGAAUGGAAUGGCUCAGGAGAUGAUGGAGCCCCCCUCACUUGAGGUUUUCAAGCAGAAGCUGAGUGACCACUUUGCAAGAAGUUUUUGAAGGGGAUUCUUAAUUGUAAAAGUUGUACUCUGAGGCUCCUUCCAGAUCUUUGAUUCUGAGGACACUUAACAAACAUAAAAGCAUCAAACUAAAAGGGAUUUUUAAUAUAAAUCAUAAAAUGCUAGGGUUAGUCAUAAUAUCCAAACAUGCUGUCGAAAAGGACCUUCUAACAUAGAAUAUUAGAGCCAAGAAAGAAUAUCACCAUUUCUUCCAGACUGCCUCUACAUUCUUUUUGUUUAGCGAUAAAAGACGCCAUGAUAUCGCAGAUAGAAUGCUAUAUUUGGAGUCUGGAAGACCUGGGUUCAAACCUGAGUUAUGGAUUAGCAAUGGGACCUACGGUGAAUCGCAACACCUCUACAUUUUACUUCCUUUUCUGUAAAAGGAGAGAGGUAAUAGCACCCACUGUGUAGGGUAGUCAUUGUGAGGACCAAAUGAGAUGUUGAGAUAUUCUACAUGGCAGUUGUUGGUAUGAGAAAACUGGGCCCAGUGAGGCAAAGAAAAUUAUCAAGGCUAAAGAAACUAAUUGGCAACAGUUGUUGACCUCAUACCCAGGUCACUGGACUCCUGAUCUAUUGUUCUUGCCCCAGGAUAGCCUUCCUCUGUGGAUGCAUGCCUUAAUUCCAUUCUCUCUAAGAUAAACUUUGGCCAAUAGAUUUCUGGCCCUGAGAAGUCUUUCUUCUCAAUACUUGCAGAUUUACUUGCUUUUAAGUGAUAUUCAGUUUUACUUGCCACCCCCACCCCACCCCCCUUGUUAUGAGCAGGAUGCUGAUAGAUAAAAAGAGAGGUAGACAAGACAGAUAUAGGAUAGACAGAUAGAAAGGUGCACAGAUAGGGAGAAAGAUGAGAGAGAGGGGGGAGGAAGAGAUGAAUGGAUGGAUGGAUAGAUAGAUCUAGAGACAUAUACAUACCACCAGUGGAUGGUAACCAAUAUAUUGUUUACAUCUUAACAUGCCAGCUGGUUUACGUGACUUUGAUAUCACCUAUUUCCAUUAUUAAUGUUUGUUUACAUUUUGACUGUUUUCAUGUUAUCUUAUGGAUCAAUUUCCAUUACUCUCAUUCUGCUUGUCUCUUCCCCUUUUUAAACUUAGUCUUUAUUGCUCAAGCCUAGCAAGCAUGGUGGCUUACUCUUCCCCAGAAUACUUUUCCUGCAAUAAAGUAGUGUUUCCUUUGGCCAAGAGAGGCUAGAAACUCACAACUUAUUUGUUUUUUGAAUAAAUUUUGAAUGCUAUUCUCCUUCAGACCCACAAUGGCAUGAAUGAAAGGGCAUUGGAAUCAGGAAGCCUUGAUGUGAGCUCUGGCUCUAAAACUGGGCAAUUUCAACUCACAUUUCCUUGGUUUCCUAAUAUAUAAAAUGGAGGUAAAAAUUCUUGCCUGAUCUACCAUCACCACAGGGUUGUUCUGAGGAAAACAUUCCAUAAAUUCCAAAGUGAGCCUUUGUUUUAUUUUUAAACACUUACCUUCCAUCUUAGAAUCAGUACUAUGUAUUAGUUCUAAGGCAGAAGAGUGGUUAGGGCUAGGCAAUGGGGGUCAGGUGACUUGCCCAGGGUCACACAACUGGGAAGUGUCAGGAAGGCCAGAUUUGAACCUGGGACCUCCCGUCUCUAGGCCUGAGUCUCAAUCCACUGAACUACCCAGCUGCCCCCAAAAACGUGUCCUUGAAAGGUGAAUUCUGUUCUCUUGCGGGUAGGAUAAUAUCAGUAACUCAUUCCCUCCUUUCAUUUUUCCCCCCAUCUUUAUUCCUUUCUCAUUGUUUCUGUUGCUCCUCAUUAUUUCUUUAUUUCUUCCCCUUUCUUCCUAUCUCACCAUUUCUUGCUCUUCCCUUUCCAUAUAUAUUCCUUUCUCCUUCUUCCUCAAUUUCUCCAUCUAUGUCUCUCUAUCUGUAUCUUUCUGCCUCUGACUUUUCAUGUUUCUAUCUCUCUAUUUCUCUGUCUGUCUCUCUGUUUCCUUUGCUUUACUCCCUCUUCUGCUCUUUAAUUUGUUAAUGCUUUCUGCUUAUUUUACUUUGGAUAAUUUUCAAAGUACUUUUCCCUCUUGAGAUCUCUAAGAGGCAGAAGUUCUGGCGAUUAAAGAUCUGCCAUCCCACAAGCAGCCCAGUUAAGGGACCCUCAGGUUAUUUAUAACUAGAUUUUAUCCAGGAAAAUUAACGAAGAGAAGAUUAACCAAAAAUCUAAAGGAAAAUGCCUUAACUACCUCAUCUAUUAUGCUGUGCUCAAACAGAUAUUUUAAUUUUAACAGCUUGGCAAACCCAGUGGAGCUCUCUUCUAGUUUGGGGCAUAAAAUGAGAUAACACUUUCUGAAUUCCUAUAGGACAUCAUGUAGCUCCACUUUAAAUUAAGGCAUAAAAUGUGAAAAUGUGAGUUUCCUCCAAAUGGCAUUGGUCUGUUAGCCUAAGUGAUUUCUACUUUUGUUCCUCUGAAAGUCCCAAGCUGUUUAAAUACCUCUGUCUAAGAAGCAAUUGCUUACUUUAGUGCUUCAAGGGUCUGUGAUUUCAGAUUUCAUCAGCAAGGAUGCUUCCUCCGCUGAUCACAGACAGCCAGCCCUUCCAAGGCCAUAGUAGACAGUCCCGUGAACUCCUCAGACAUGAUGAUUCAAUUAGUUACCAGGUCUUCUGUGCCUAUAUCUAUGCACAAAUGUUGUUUUUUCUUAUACAGUGAAUUUGGUCAAACAACUCACGGAUCAAAAUCAAUCGUUAUUUUAAUUAAACCACCAGCAGUUAAAAACAAUUCUCUUUCAAAAGUACAAUAACUUCCAUGUUUAUGAUACCUUAAAUUUACUAAGCACUUUUCUUACAGCAUUGUGAGAAAGGUAGUUCAAGUGUCAUUAUUCCCAUUUGACAGAGGAAGAAAUAGGGAAGAAAAAUGCUUUUUUGCCUAUGGUCACAAGUAAUUAUACUUAUAGCUCUCCUCCCUGAGACUUCUUCACAGAGGUGGGAGACCACAGAUGUAGAACACUGCAUAUGUUCAUUUAAAGCCAUAUUGGUGGCUGAUGUUGUACCUCUUUUUAGUAUUUGUUAUAAGGAAUGGCUCUCAAGAAGAAAGAUAAGGAAGAAGAAUGACGCUAUUAAAACAAGAGGUAUCGGUGAAAAUUAUUAAAAAAAAAAAAGUCCAAAGGCUAGGAUCCAGACUCAUAUUUUCUGACCUAAAACCCACCACCUUAUGCCUAUCCCAACUUGUCAUAACUUCUCCCUGAACCUUUCUUGACUGCUGCAGCCAUGAUCAUGCCCAGUGGUUUUUAUAGCCAUGUCACUAAAUUCAAGACUUAAUCAGAUAUUGUUUUGCAUUUCUCACAAUUUUUUCUCCUCAUUUCCCUCCUUUCAUUUCCCCCCCAUCUUUAUUCCUUUCUCACUGUUUCAAUUGGCCAGCCCCAUUUAACUUUGAGCUCUAAGAGGGCAAGAGAACACAUUUUUUAUGUUGUCCCCCUCAUGAGAAGAGCCUCUCUAUACAGAAUUGAACACACAGGAGGUAUUCAGUAUAUACUGAUUUACUCACUGAUAGAAGUAAUGUGAAAAACAUUGGACUGGGCAUCAUAAGACCUGAGUUUUAAUUCUGGCACAAGAGUGACCAUGAGCAAGUCACUUAAAAUCUCUUAUGCAAAGGUGCAAACUUCUUCUGUGCUGGCAAAACUCCCUCCUGCCGCCUAAACAAGAUUAAAAUAUGAUGGGAAAUGUUUAAGAAAGUGAAUUCAAGUAGAGUUUGAUAGAUAAUGUUAAUUUGUGGUUUUCUAAAUCAUUAUGUGGGCUUCAUAUAGUCAUUCUCGAUCACCGAGAGACUACCACUAUGUGGGCUUCAGCUACCCAGGUCUAUUUGAGUUUGAUGUCAUUGCCCAGUAAAUAAAUAUGUCCCACUUGAGGAUGUCAGAGAAGGAAAUUGCUGGAUUCUGAAUCAGGCAGAGGUGAGAAGAGAUGAUCUCCAAGGUCUGUGCCAGUUCUGGGAUUCUGCAGUUCUAAGCGGUAGUUUAUGUGGCAAACAUUGUGUGCCCUUUGAAAGUUGGUGUUUUUUUCCCCACCAAUUUGCCAUCUCUUGAAUCCUUUGCAUUUUUAUGCAGUUGAAAACCCGAGUCUGCCUUGGUGAGCAGGAGUUACUCUCUUUGUAAAAUGGGUGGGUGGGACUAUGUGAUUUGUCAGGUCCCUUCUAGCUCUAGUGAGCCAAGCCAGCACCAAACACAAAUGUCUUUUGCCACGUUGGCAGUUUUGUUUCUGAUGAAUGCAAAAGUGCUUUCCAUUGGGGGAGCCAUCUAAUGGGCCUGUUUAUUUCUUGUGUUCCUUCAAAUGCUCUAACCCACACCUGCAGAGAUUGAACUGGCUGUCGCUGGUGCUCCAAAUCCUAUUUUCCCCUGGCUUGUAAUGAAGCCCUCUGGGAAUCAGGUGAUUACAAAAAUACGUUCCCAGUCCUCCUUCAGGAUACAAAAGUAUGCAGCCGUCUUUCUCCACUGUUUAAAGAGUGUACAAAACAAGAAAUAAUUAGUUGAGCACUAUCGGUAAUUAAGCACAUAAGAUGAACAUUAAACAAACUGCAAUCUUGCAUCAUUUGGAAGGUGGAUAGGCAGGUUUUCAUGCUUGGACUGGAGCCAGAGUGGCUGUCUCCAUCCCCUCUUCUCCUGCUUUCUUAUUGUCGGGGGAUUGGCCAUCCUAACUUGCUGAUGGAAGCACACAAACAACCCACUUUUGUCCUAUUGGUUGACAACAUAGAAAUGGGGGAAGGCGAGGUACUUUCAAAAAUCUUGAUGUAUUCAGGGAAAGACCUGGGUAAACUUUUCAAUAAUGGAACUCUUCUCUAGAUUGAGGUCAGUUGGAUGCAGUAAUUAACAAAUAUUUACAUUUCUACUGUAUGCAGACAUUAGAAGCGUACUACUUAGAACAUGAACCAUAGUCAUCUUGCCAUCUUGUCUUGGUCUUGGUUGAGUCCCAUUUGGAAUUUGUCCUUAAUUCAGUUUGCCACAUUUUAAUAUCGACAAAGACAGGUGGAAAUGUGCCCCAAGAAGGACGACCAGCACAGUAAGAGAACUUGAACUGGGACCAGAGUAGGAAAAAUGGCUAGCAGAGGCACUGGGGCAAGUUUUAGCUCCAUAUCAACUAUCUGGUUUCCACUGUGAGGAUGUCCUCCCUACUCAGGUGGAGUCCAACUUCUCCAUACCUUAGUACAUAGCUUCAUGAGUUGCCAUGGACAAAAAAUUCAUUCCCUGGAGCUAGACCUUGUGGUGAUAAGCCAUAACUAGACUAGCCUUCAAGUGGCAGGCAUAUACUUCAUACCUAGGUCAUACUUGAAGCCUGUCCAAUGAUAGAACCUAGCAGAGACUGUUCUCUCCUGACACAGCCUUUGAAAGUUCCAAAUCACCAACAAUGGAUCUAAAGGCUGGAGGGGAAUUUCAGCAAAUGUGGCUCAAAUAAUAGCCACUUAGUUAUGAGAAAGUGGUUAUUUUCUUUUGGAAGUCUCAUGAGCUGGACUGAAAAAUAAUUCUAACAGUUUUAUGUUCGAUUUCUUCGUUGCUAAACCUAUAUAUGCCAAAUGGAGUUUAAAUGAUGAUACAAUCCACCUCCCUAACAUGAGGUAGCUUCUGAAAGUUGUAGUUAGCAUCAAAGGACUGACCUACCUCAAGCGCAAACUCAGGUGCUUGGGGCUUCCUUGGCCUGGGCAUUCCUAAUGUCAUCCACUCUAGAUGUGUAACCUCAAGCUGGUACCGUGCCAGUAUGUGUAAAGUAAAGCCAUUAUAGGGGUCUGGUGUAGGUUUGGUUAACAGAUAAUCAAGCAACUUGACAUUUGUAUCAAGCAGCAAGGGGGCAUUGUAGAGCUACUCCAGCCAUGAUCUGCUUAGAGGUCCUGGACUGGGGGCGUGGAGGAGAGGGGUGUCUCUUUUGUUGGAGGGAAAUGUUGGUAUGAGAUCUCCUUCGAGAACAGCAUAUCCAGAGAGACAAGAGACCAGUAUGAGGGAAUCAAAGCCAGAGGGAUUUAUCUGGGGAGAAAACUCUGGAAUACAGGUCAGAUUCUAGAAUAAAGCAGCUAGGAGUGAUGGGUUCAAGUGGCAGCACAGUCACAGGUAAUUAGAAAUCAUUUUUAUACUCCUGAGAGCUUUCUCAGAACAAUAUACCCCUGCGAAGUAGGCUCCUUCACAAUCCUCAAAAGGGCAACUCCCAAAUGCCUUGAAAUACGGCCAGUUUCUGUCACAAAGCAUCUAUAAACUUUGUUUGCACACCUCAUAAACAGCUCAUUCUAGUUCAACGCAGCUCUACUGGUUAGGAAUCGUUUCCUUAUAUCAAGCUCAAAUUGCGCCAACUUUGUUAGGUGUUUUAGACUAGAAACAUAAUCCUAAUUCCCUUUGCACAGUCCAGUCUUUGCCAUCCUUGGGGGAAACUCCCAUAUCCCCCACAAAUCUUGUCACAAUGUAGAUCUCUAAUCCUCGCUCCAGUCUCCAGUCCUCUAACAUUCUGCUCAUGAGCUGAGCGUUAUUUCCAGCUUUUCUAUUCACUAACCGUAUCCUGGGGCAAGUCCUUUCCCUUACCUAGGCUUCAGUAUCCUCACCUAUAGAAGGUGAGGGUUGCACUCCAUGGCCCUGCAGAUCCCUUUUAGCUCUACAUUCUACUAUCUUUUUUUUUUUUUUAAACUCUUACCUUCUGUCUUAGAGUCAGUACUGUGCUUUGCUUACAAGGCAGAGUAGUGGUAGGGACUGGGCAGUGGGGAUCAAGUGACUUGCCCAGGGUCACACAAGGAGGAAGGGUCUGAGGCCAUAUUAGCACCCAGGAUUUGCAACCAUCUCUAGACCUGGUCCUUAAUCCACUGAGCCCCUCAGCUGCCACCAAAAUUCUGUUAUCUUAUGAAUGCAUCCUAAGAUUCAAUAUUUCUCUGGCUGCCCCCUCUAACUAAUAUUAUCUCACAGUGUGUAUGCAAUCCACUAAAAUCUCCGUGUCCUCUUCACAAGUACAGUUGUCAAGCCACGUCUCGCUCGUCCUGUACUUCUAUGGCCCACUUUGUUGGACUUUACACUCACUCCAAUUAGAUUUCAUCUUAUUAGAUUCAGCCUGUUCAUGUUUUGGGUGGCCAUUGUCUUGUCCAACAUGUUAGCUGUCCCUCCCAACUUAGUGGCAUGGGCAAGUUUGAUCAGCAUGCCACCUGUGCCUUCAUUCCAAUCACUGGAAAAAAAAUCUUUAAAACCGAAUGAUGCUGAGGACUGAGUGCCAGGAUUGUCACUGCGGACCUCUGUAAGGUGACAUUGACUGGCAUGUCACAGAGGCCUGAAUCAGGCCAGCAAACUCAGUCCCAGAAGGACCCGGGCACCCAGCACAGUGGUUUGUGCUGGGGCAUUAAGUCACCCACCUGGGACAAUGGAAAGUGACAGGCCUGCUACCGAACUUGCUCCCUUUCUCCUCCUGAACAGGAGCCCACUGAACAGUGCAGCUCUAUAAGGAAGUGUCAUGUAGGGGAGAAAAUUACUAAUCACACUCCCCACCUUUUUAUAACUCUUGUCAUUUGUAAAUGUGAAGGGAGUGCUGAAAAAAUAUUCAUGCCUUUUUCCAUCUAUAUUUUUUUUCCUAAAUUAUCCAGUCUUAUAAAUAUUUGAAUAACAUUUGGUCAGGAUAAAAUCUUUCCUGUCAGCUCAGUACAAGAACACUUUCUGCCUCCUGAGACCAUAACAGUCAGAGAAAUUAAUAUCGAUUUGUUAGAAAAUACUUUUCACUCUGUCUAAACAUCUUAUUCUGUCCUCUUGAACCAAAAUUAUGAAUUUAAAAGCAGGAAAAUAGUUCUUCACAGUUUUCCCAGUGAAACUAAUUAUAGGAAAGUGGUGAAAAAUAUAUUGGGUGUGUUUUCCAACACAGAGCAUCGCUCACCAAAAUCCUGAGGCAGUGGAGGCAUAAGUAUUUAUUUAUUUGAAUGGAUUGCAAUUUGGUAGACUGAAAGCCAGAAAAUGUAUAGGAAGAGUUUUAGAUUUUCUGUGUUCUUUUUUUCAAGAGAAAACUCCUUUCAUUAAUGUCCUGAAGAAAAGUAGUAGGCUUCCCAUCUCUAGAGGUCUAUAAGCAGAGAUUGGGUGACCACUUGUCAGGAAUUUGAAGAGAAGUUCCUGCACAUUUUGGACUAGGUUCUUUCUGAGAAGUUGUGAUUCUACGAUUCAACCACAUAAGUAGCUGGACUUGCCUCACAGAAAUCUCUCAUUUCCUACCAGGUUGUUCAACUGGCAUUAAGUAGUUGCCUAUGGGUAUUCCAUGAUGAGAGGAAGAGGGGAGACAUAAUUACCACAAAUCCAAGUCUCUCUAGUAACUUACACUCUACCUAGUUUGAAAAUAAUACCAUUAAAAUUGGAUAAUGCUUUACUUUUAACACACCUUUCUCAGAUAACAUUUUCCAUUUUUCCACCAUAUAUGAAAAACUCAUUACAAAAACCACCCAGUAUACUCCUGAAGAAGAUAGUGACUUUGCUGUCACUGGAGGUCUUCCUCAGAAGCUAGAUGAACAUCGGUCAGGGGUGUUUUUGGAAGGAAAAUAUUUUUAAUGUAGGAGAUGGCCUCUUUAUCUUCUGAAGUCUUUUCCAGCUUGAAUAUAAUGAUAAUAAAAAGAAUAGCAUUUCUCUAGCAUUUAAGGUUUUCGAAGCACUUUACAUAUAUUGUAACAUUUGUCUUUCUCAAAAACCCUUGAGCUAGCUACUAUUAUUAUCCUUAUUUUAUUGAUGAGAGAUUUGAGCCUGAGAGUGUGACUGAGUGACCUACCCAGCAUCACAUCACUCUCUUCACCCUGAGAUACAGAGUUGCCAUUUAGCUAAAAAUAUAUUCAUACCACAAAACUACCUUUCAUUACUCCCCCCUGGGCUGCUCUCUACAUACUUGGGGGAUUCUGAUACUUGAAUCAGGGUGCUUGACUAGGAAAUUCUAGCUUGAUUAGUGGUCUCUGCCCUUACCUUUUAAAUUAUGGAUUUCUAGUAUGUGCCUGAGGCAGGAUUUGAAAUCAGGUCUUCCUGACCCAAGUUCAACACUCUAUCCACUGGGCUACCUAGGUGGCUGAAUAGGAAAUAGGAAGUCAAUCAAUCUAUCAGUAUUUAAUAAAUGUUACUGUCUGCCACACAUUAUCCUAUAGUAUAUGAAUAUAAAGAAAUAAAAAAGACGAAAAUAACCAUUGCCCUCAGAAAGCUUACAUUUAUGAAUGGAGGAGACAACAGGUAAAUAAAAAUCAAAAGGCAUAUAUAGAAUGGGCAGAAAGUAACUUUAGAAGAGGAGGCUCAGUUGGUUAGGGGAGUCCCUGCAACAGAAGGAGAUGUUGGAGUUGAGUCUUAAAAGAAGUCAGAGGGCAGCUAAGUAGCACAGUAGAUAGAACACGAGGCCUGGAGUCUGGAGAACAUGGGUUCAAAUCUGAUCUCAGACACUUCCAAACUGGGUGGCUCUGGGCACGUCACCUAACCCAAAUUGCCUCGCCAUUGCUGCCCUUCUAACUUAAAACUGAUACUAAGACAGAAGCUGACGGUUAAAAAAAAAAGUCAGGGUUGCCCGGGGGGACAGGGAUGAGGAGGGAGAGCUUUUCUAACAUGAAGACCAAGAGAUGAAGUGUCCUAUGUGAAUAACAGCAAGGAGUCUGAUACAUCUGGGAAGAAGAGUGAGUUGAGGGGGAAAGAGUACAAGAAGACUGGAAAGGCUGAGAGGAGUCUCCAAUGCCAAACCACACUCAAUAGUUCAUCAUCGGGGUGAUGGAGAGGCCAUAUUUCAUUAGUACUUAGAGUAAUGACUCUACAGUCAUGGGAGCAGGUAUUGAAUUCAGUCCCAAACUAAGAGCAGCCUGCUAAAUCUCUCAGAGCCUCAACUUCCUCAUCAGUGAAAUGUGGGGUGAUAACAAUUGUAUAUCCUUACCUCACAGAGCUGUUGUGAGUGGAGAGCUUUGCCAACCUUAAUUUGCUCUAGUAAUGUGAGCUAUUACUCUCUUACCUUUUGUGAUUCUCUAGAUAAAUAAUAGAGAAGCAGUUUGGCCAUACCCAGAUACCAUCCUGACUUUUCUUCCUCCUCCCCUAGACUCUCCUCCUUUCCCCUCCCCUUUCAUCCCUGUCCCUUCCCCAUCUCUUGCCCAGCCUUUCCUUGCCUUACCUUACUCUUCCCUGCCUUACUCCUUCCCUUUUCUAGGUCUGCCUUCUUCCCUCCCUUUCCUGAUUCUUUUCCUCCUACCUUCUUUGUUUAUGUUUUUUUUUUGUCUCUCAGAACUACAGAAAAGAUAUUAAAUUAAACGAUUCAAUUCAAGAGGCUCACAGAAUAAUCACACAUUCAGACUUGGAUGGGCUCUUAACAGUCAUCUAGUUCAAUUCCCUCAUUUUAUGGUCGAACAUAGCAAUUAUUUAGAAGCAAAAAGUCAGGCUCUAGAGUCCAGGAUCCGGGCGCCAUAAGCACCAGGGCUGGUGUUUUAGCCCUUCCAUCCUGUCACUGAGCCAUCCCCAGGAUCAGAAGGCUCAGCCUCUUUCCCCCAGCUGAGGCACUACAUCCCCCAUGUUGGGAGUUAGGAAAUGAAAUCUGCAAAGUCUCUCCUGAGCCUCCUGGGUUGAGUAGGAGAAACUUCAGUUCUUGUAUUAUCAGUCUAGAGAUUCUCUGAAAUUGGAAAUGACAGUCUGGCCAAAUCUAUAUAUAUACAGUGCCUAUAUAAUGUGUGCUGGGUUUGGGGGUGUGAACUACUUUCUACCAUAGAUUAAGCUGAACGAGACCGUAUGUCAGGUAGAACCUCAGUGUCAACUUAAUCCAUUGUCAGAGCUGUAAAGUGCGAUUUCAUUAUACAAGCAAUUCCCUGGCGGAUUCUCCCUGAUUUCCUAUACAGCUCAAGUCCUGUUUUUAAUCGGCAGGCACUCUCUCGCCCUCUCCAAACUCUGUUUGGAGUUAUUAAAUGGAUCUGCUCUCGAAGCACCUGUUUGAUAUUUACAUGAAUUAUGUUCGUAAAGGUGAAUGUGGAGAAAAAGAGUCAUAAUAGCUCUGGGGGGCAUUUUGGUGAAUUUUUAGUAAAAAUUCCAAAAAAGCUGCAUUGCCAUCUUCUUGGGUGUACAUGUAAUGCUAAUAAUGCUAACUCCCAUUCAUAGCACAUCCUAUGGCUUAUAAAACACCUUUCUGGCAACAGCCCCAUUGGACAGACUCACAAGAUUCAAGGAUAGAAACUUGGAAAUCGUCCAGUUCAACCCCCUCAUUUUACAGAGACUCAGAGAGGUAGAGUGAUUUGUCCACCGUCACACAACUAGCCAGGAGGAGAGCUGGGAUCUGACUUCCAAUUCAAACGUCCACCACAUCAUAAUCCCAAGUAUUAUUCAGUCACCUUUUUGACAAAAACAAUGAGGGGAAGAAAUCACCUGAGAUCACUUAUCUAGGAAGCGUCCAAGUUGGAACUAGAACCCAAGUCUCGUCUCAAGUUUAGUUUUUCAACAUGGUCCAAAAUGGUCAUAUGACACUUGAAAUCCCUACAUUUCUCAAAUACUAGAAUUUUUCCAAAGACCCCAAAAGGAAAAAAAAAAACCCUCCCCCAUUGAAUUUUCAUUUGCCUCUCUGGAUAUUGAGUUUUCUCCAUAUUUGUGCAAUUAGGGGGUUUUGCUGAGUGAGCUAGGACACUGUCUCUUUAAGUGUUUAACAGUAAUUGGUUCAUGUCCUGGUGUUCAUUGAAAAUCCUAGACAUUUCAUGUAAAAUCUUCUUAAUGAGGGGAUGAAUUUUUCAUUCACAUUAGAAAGCUCCCUCUGACAAACAAUUUCUAAAUAAAACUUUGGCGACAUGACAUCCCAUAUUGGACUUGACAAAGAGGACAGGUGCAUUAGAAUAAAACUGUAUGGCGAUCCUUCAAGCUGUCAGCCAUGAAUAUUUCAUUUCUUAAUGAAUCAUCUUGGUGAAAUGAACUCUCUUGUUGCGGUGUCACUGCCAUUUACAACCAAAAGCUGCCUCCUUUUCAAAGGUGAGUUCCUGAAAAAUGCUGAUGCCGGCAGGAAAGGCUUAACCCUAGCCGGGGUAGAGACAGCCAUUUGGGACCUUCUUCUCCUAACCCCCUUCAAAGUCGACAGGGUGUCCCCUUCGGCAGUUGCGCAUGCCUUGCACUCAACAGGCUUCCUUUCUAAAGCGCCUUCUGGGCACACUAGCCAGGCCACGCCGGCAGGACCAGGUUUAGGUCCUGCACCGCCUCUCAGGACAGGUACGGACAAAAGCUAGCGUGUGGAUGGAAGGGAGCGACCAGGAUGGUCUAACUGAGGACAACUUGGAGAAAAGAAGUAUUAGGAAAGGCUUCUGAUCCCUGUCACGUAGAUGGGCACGAGGAAGAGGACUAACAUGCCAGCCCUGGUGCUGGCCAGGACCCAGGACUCCCGGGCCCGACUUACUCUCUACUAUAAAAUGAGGGCAUUGAACUAGGUGCCCAUUGAGGGUUCUUCAGCCUGGCCCAGACAGCUGACGUACUGGCAAUGCAGAGUUUGCAGAGACUGAUUUCAGGUCUAUAAAAAGAAAAAAAAAUGGUCAGCCUCUGGAGGUAGUCACCUCCUCAUCACUCAGGGAAGAGGCUAGAGGUCUGUCUGGGACAUUAGGGAUUCUUCUUCAGGUACUGAUUGAGGGUGAGUCACUAGGAGGUCCCCUCCAACUAGGAAAUCCUCUGAUUCUUUGAUGCUCAAGACCAGAGUCGGUCUCUCAGCCACGUUGUCUGGCAUAGAGUCUCUAUGGCUGAGAAAAGUCACCGCGUCAUUAAUAGCUAUUAUUUUACCCUUGUGCUUCCUAAUGGUGAAAAGUGACAGUGAGGGCCGGUUUCCUGGGGCUCUCACAGGAAACCCUAAUGGGGGCAAGUGAAGGUGGCCAUAGCAGAAAUAGCAAGUCUAUCCUUUCCUGGAGCUCUCAGGGGGGAGAGGGGCUGGCACUUGGAGGAAGCGCCAUUCGAAUCAUUGAAUUAAACAUCUCUCUGUUGAGGUAGGAGGCCAGAAUUGUUUUCUGUGGUCAAGAGAUCUCAGACCUAGUGAAUCAGACCUCUGGACCUGGAUCUUUGUUCAUUCAAACUUCAGCCAAUACUUAUCACCAUCAUCAUUACUGGCGUCCAACUGUUGUCAGGAUGCCAUUAUCAUUAAAAACGAGAAUAACCAUAGACGGGGACUGUCUGGACCUGUGAUUUCAUGUGUGAAACUCCCAGCCUGGACACACUGUCGACCAAUAUUGAUUAGCAACUAAUUGAAAAUGUAAAAUUCAUGAUGCAGAGUGAAAGGAGCAGAACCAGGAGAACCUCAUACAGAGACUGAUACACUGUGGCCCAGUUGAAUGUAAUGGACUUCUCUACUAGCAACGAUGCAAUGAUCCAGGACAAUUCUGAGGGACUUAAGAGAAAGAACACUAUCCACAUGCAGAGGAAGAACUGUGGGAGUAGAAAGACAGAAGAAAAACAACUGCUUAAUCCCAUGGGUCGAUGGGGAGAUGAUUGGGCAUGUAGAUGCUAGCUAAUCACUAGUGCAGUUAUCAAUAAUGUAGAAAUAGGUCUUGAUCAAUGACACAUGUAAAACAUGGUGGAAUUGCACGUUGGCUAUGGGAGGAGGGUAGGAGGAUGGGAGUAAAAGAACAUGAAUCAAGUAAGUAACCAUAGAAAAAUAUUCUAAAUUAAUUAAUUAAAUAAAAAAAUUCAAGCCAAAAAAAAAAUGUAGACUUUAAAGCACUGACUCAAGCUGGUGUGAACCAGAGUCAAGAACUGAACCCAGGUCUUCUGGACUCCAAGGUCCACCUUCUAUCCAUUAUGCAAUACUGCCUGUUGACAGGGCACCCUAGUCAGCCUAUCAGGGACUUCUUCCUUGGCAUUAGGUCAAAACUUGGUUGAUUUUUUCUUUGAAAACUGGUAGAUAGGGUUAGCCAGGUGGCUCUGGAUAGAGAGCCAGACCUGGAGAUGGAAGGUCCUGGGUUCAAAUUAGACCACAGACCCUUCCUAGCAUGGGCAAGUCAUUUAACCCCAAAUGCCUAGCCACUGCCAUUCUUCUGUCUUUAAAACUAAUACUUAGUAUCAAGACUAAGACAGAAGGUAAGGGUUUAAAAAAGAAAAGUAAAGAAACAGAAAUAAAGAAAAUAGACAGAUAUCCAUAAAGGCUUUAGAUUUUCAUAGAAAAAUGGUGUGAUAAUGCUGUAUGGUCCAUUGGGACUGUACUGAAGAUCCUCUACUAGAUGGUAAGCUCAAUGAUGCAGAAUCUGUGUCUUAAGAAACCUAUACAUUCUUCUAAGCAUUCUGUUCACAGCAAGUGCUGAAUUGCAUAAAUAAAUAACUCCUAAAAUAUCCCUUAUACAGAAAACUUAGGAAAUAAUAAUACACCUUUUUUUUUUUUUUGCUUUAUCACUCAUUUUAUUCCAUCAAAUGGUCAUUAAUAUAUUUUGGGCUUUUUUUUUUAAUUUAGAAUAUUUUUCCAUGGUUACAUGAUUCAUGAUUUUUCCCCCUCCUUCUCCCUCCCCCUUCCCAAAAGUCACAAGCAAUUCCACUGGGUUAUACAUGUAUCAUUGUUCAAAACCUAUUUCCAUGUUAUUCAUACUUGCAGUAGAGUGAUCUUUUAAAGCCAAAACCCUAAUCAUAUCCCCAUCAAACCACAUGAUCGAUCAUAUGUUUUUCUUCUGCGUUUCUGUUUCUUUCUCUGUUCUUUCUCUGGAUAUGGAUAGUGUUCUUUCUCAUAAGUUUCUCUGGAUUGUCCUGGAUCAUUGCACUGCUGCUAGUAGAAAAGUCUAUUACAUUUGAUUUACACAGUUCUUUUAAGAGGAAUUAGAGGUAGAAGGCAACAUAUUGAAAAAACAAUGGAUUUGAAGCUAGAUGACCUGAGUUGGAAGAAGUCACUUUCUUACCUGUAUGCCCUUAGGCAAAUGAUUUGAUAUCUAAGGGUCAUAGUUAAUUUGUUUAUAAAAUUAGAAUAUUUGUCUAGAUUAAUUUUAAGCUCUUUUUCUAGUUCUAAUGAUGUCAAAAACCUACCCCAUUAUCUUCCUCUCCAUUUUGAACCUUGUAAAGAAGCUCUCACCACAUUCCUGACCUUUUAGAGCCCUCACAGAGAAGGAUAGUAAUAGCUCCCAUUUCUAGAGUAUUUGAUGGUGCAUAAAGGUCCUUCCUUGCAAAAGACCCCAGGCAAGGGUAUAGGAACAGAUAAGAAAAGUGUACUUCUGAAUAGUACUUGCUACUGGUCACAUAGCUACUCAGCCUCACAGUCAAGAAUUGGAACUUUGCUGUCCUGAUCUUGGUUUUUUACUCUCUAUCAUAUUGGAUUAUAGCCACCAUCCUGUUGAUUCAAUUGAGUUAUUCCUCACCUUGGUCUAAAUUUGACCUACAGACAUUGGCAAGGCAGCUCAUCUUCCUGAAUUCAAAUCUGGCCAUAGACACUUAGUAACAACCCAGUGUGACACUGGCCUAGUUACUUAACCUUAUUUGCCUCAGUUUCCUCAUCUAUAAAUUGAGCUGGAGAAGGAAAUGCCCAAACAUUCCAAUGUCUUUGCCAAGAGAACCUCAAAUGUGGUCACAAAGUGCUGAAUAUGCCUAAAAAUAACUGAACAAUGGCCAAUGACUCCAGCACUGUUGUGAAAUUCAGUUCCAAUCAAGUCAUUGUGUUUUCACAGUUAUCAUGCCCCAGUAGUAUUCUGUGUAAGUCACUGCACACCAUAGCAGUUUAAUUAAACUACGUUUUGUAUCAUAAAACUGCCUGAAUUCCUUUUAUCCCGGUGAUAAGACUUAGAGAAAUCUGCCUGAGUUAGAAAGUAGUAAGUGAGGUGAGCUCAGAGGAAGUGGAAGAAGUUUGGAUUCUUAGGUUUGUUUUUGUUGGGUUUCAGCAAGACUUCUUGUUGGUGAGCAGAGUCUCAGUGUGGGCAGGUGACAGUUUCUGAGGCUUCCUGAUUUUUUUUAAAACUUGUGCAUAAAUAGGUCCAUGAGUCUGUAAUUAACCAUUGUUGUAGCUGAUACCCAAAGUUUUGAAAAACUUGGCUCUUACCUGAAGAAAACUGGCAUUAUUUGUCUUUGGAGAAUCAAAGUUUUUCACUCCCUAUGUUCUCACUGAUUUCAGAUUUUGGGUUUGCCAAAAUUAAAUACAUGUUUUAAAUAUGGCUUUCUAGCAAAAGGAUUGAGAAAAGUUCCCUUGGGUCCCUGAUGCCAUGAUAAAUUUUUAUUUCGACCCAGAAGUAUAAUGAUGUUUGUUACACAAUUAUAGCCCUGUGUCAUAACCACAGUUAGAAGUGGAACUUGACAAGAACUGCCAGGUAGAAAGUGGUAAACAUGACAACUUAUUAGAAACAAGACUGACCCAUUUUGGACACUAUCUGACUUCUCUCAGAUUUUUUCCAUCUUUCAUCACUCUCCCUCUUUCUCAUUCAGAAAUUCUCUUGCUUCCUUUAAUGGGCCUCCAAUACAUUAUAUGAUUUAUUUCUCCACAAUUUAAUUUUUAUAUGGCAAACUGCUAUCACAUUGGUCUGCCUCCUCCGUGUUAAACUUUUCCUUCCUUGCUGCCUUUAGGGAAGUUGAUAUUUGUGGGUUACUUGCUUCAGUUUUGUUCAUGUGCAUAUUUCUCAAAUAAUAGGGUCGUAGAACAUCAUAUCUGGAAAGUACCCUAGAAAAUAAGAUAUUAGAGGUUAAACAAAAUAUUAGAACUAGUGAUUGCUUGAGAGUAGAAAAUGUUAAAUGAAAUAAUCAUAGAAUAUUAGACCUCACAGGGACUUUGAAACAUGGGAUGUAGAAUGUCAGAGGUGAUGAGGAUUUUACCACUCUAGGAUGCUGAAAAUGGGCGGGGCAAUAAAAAUCAUCUAGUCCAUGCUCUUCAUUUCACAGGUGGGAAAACUAAAGACCAAGAGAGGAAGCAACUUAUCCAAUUGUCAGACAGUGAAAGUACUGAGGCUAAAACCUAGUUCUACUUGACUUUCAGGAUGUUGUGACAGCCACUGCCCUAUAUUUCAAGAUAGGUGCAAAGGGGAAAAUUUUCCACAAAGGUAUUAAAAGAUUCUAGGCUUUCUUGGCCCCCACUGCAAAUUCCCACUAUUGGCUAUUAGUUACAAUAUAACCCCAAAAGAAUGUAAUGAAAAUGUGAUUAAUUUAAAGUAAUUUGGCAUAUUGAAAAAUCUGGAAUUUAGAACUGAAAAAUAAAUUGCUUUUAAAAAUGUGGCAGUUGUUAAAAUCCUCAUAAACAUACUCCGAUACCAGUUCUCAGACUUCAGUCAACACAUGCUACCUGAUUUCUGACUCAUUUUGCCCAACUUAAAUGAGAAGGUUGUACCAGGUGACCUCUAAAAUCUCUUCCAACUCUCUGUUGGAAGUAUAUGUUCUAAGGCCUCUUCCAGCAGAACAUUCUAUAACUUCAUGACUCUUUCCCCUCACAUUUUCCUCCUUGUGUAUUCCUUCUUGAUAAAUAUUAGGUUUGCUAUCUUUAAAUCUCAGGAUAUGUUUUUGCUUCAUUUCUACUUUUAUCCCAUCUCAUCAUUCCCCCAGUAUCAGCAGGGCCUCUCAAAGAUUGUGUUUCAUCAAAUUAUUUUUUUAUAAUAAAUUCUUCCCACCAGGUAAUACAGAGUUAAAAAGGUGAUUCUACUCCAAGGAAUUAGCAUAAGGCAUGCUGGACUGGUAGAAGUGACUAGAUCUUAAUCAAUAGCAAUAUGAUUACACUCAUGCAGCAAUUAUAAAUUAUUUAAAACAGUACCCCUAGGUUACUGACUAGUUGCCUUUAAAUUAAAUUCUCUGUCAAUAAUUGAUGCAAGGAAUUAAUGUGAGAACACCUUCAGUUACUGAAACUUUUUUAAGGUGGCAUAAAAUAUUGAACUGUUGCCCGUCAUUAGCAGCUAUCCUGUCUGCUUGGUGUAACAUCCUUCUUUCCUAAAUUGGUCGAGAAAGACCCUCAGAUCAUGAAAGAUGACUAAUGAUUCUGAAAGCGAUACUCAUGUCUAUUCUAAGAACACUGACACUCAGGAAUAUGAAUUUCAUCCAAGAAGGCAGAAGAAUAUAAUGGAGAAAAAUCUGUUUAAUUCCUCAACCUCAUUUGUAGGUUUUUUUUUUCCUUUUGUAAAUAUAAUAUCUCCAAACUUCAAAUAAAAAAAUUCAUAAUUUCCUUAGUGUAAUUCCUUCACUGCCAUAGGUUGGAACCCUUUUACUCCUGGAUAAUCUUCAUGAGUGCCUGGAAUAAAAAAACUCUUCACCUGAAAACGAGUCUUCUUCUUAUGAGCCUCUCAGCCUGACAUUGGCUGAUCCUUGAAUCAUAGUCAGACACUCUUUCCCUGAUCAGUACUUCGUACUCCAGCCUAGAUUACUGUGUGUUUGUAUUCUGGCAGAGGUUUGUAAUAUUUGGUUUAUGAGAGAAAUGGGGGAAGAGGGAGAGACAGAGACAGACAGACAGACAGAGAGACAGAGACAGAGAAUUUUUACUUAAAUGAAGACCCAGCUCAGAAAAAUUUUGGGGGGUAAAUGUCAGGGUGAGAAAAUCUGAAAAUAGCCAUAUGGACAAUCUGAAGGUAAACUUGGAAACACACCUCUAAUAGUCUUUUAAAGUCAUAAAAUGAGUGAAAUGUUUGAAUGUUUGCAAAGGAUUGAACUCCUCAAUUAUGAGAUCCUUUCUUUAGUUAAACAGCUAUUCUUCGGCCCUUUGGAUUUGAGAGAUGAGCUCAAAUAAGAGGUGCUUAUUGCUUUGUGUUACAAACUCAACACAUUUGAUGGCGAAUUAGAGGUGACCUGAGCCCACACUAUGUUCUACAGCCUUCACUUGCUAGGUCAUUUGGUUUAAGAAAAAGUCAGAAACUCGAUAUCAGAAGACCUGGGAUUUAGUUCAGUCCUGCCAUGGACAAAACCCUUUGACAAAAGGCAGGGAGCACUCUGUUUAACAUAAAGCACCAUAAGAAUGUGAAGUGUUACUGUUCCUUUUGUUUUAAAGUGAUCUGUGGAUUCCUACAGACUUGGAAGAAACCUUAGAACUCACCUAAAUCCAAUUCCCUCAUUUUGCAGGAAAGGAAAGGGAUGACUGAUCCCCAGUGUCUUUCUAGGUCACAAUUCUGUGGUCCCAAGAGAUGGCUGCAGUAUGUUCAGUGAAAGCCUUUUGUUUUCAGAGACACCUUUUCCCUCGACUUUGAAUGCUGUCAUAUCAGAGCAUGGUGCAAAGUUAUGUUGAAACAGCUGUGGCCUCAGCCAGGAUGUAUGGGUGUAAGCAAGAAGCCAGCGAAACUGAAGUUGUUCAUGGGAGUCUAGGCAGAGGUGCUCGGUGCUGGGGUGAGGUGGGAGGUGGGGAUGUGAGGUAUCACACGACCCAAGGGAACCGACAGAAGCAGUUGUGUAGGUGUUGACCUCAAUUAAAUUCCAUUUAAUUCAACAAAUCUGCAUUAAGAGGCUACUGUGUGCCAGGCACUCUGCUGGGCACUGGGAAUACCAAGGCAAAAAUGAACAUCUUUGCCCUAAAGGAGCUUGCAUGCUAUUAGGGAAGACAACAUGUAUGUUAAAAUUAUAUUAAAAAUAAACACUUAUUUCUGAGGGCAGAGCAGUAGUGCCUGAGCACAUGAGGCUUAAGCUCCUAUACUAGGUAUAUAUGUAUAUAAGAGUUGAACUUUGAGGGAAGCUAGAGAUUCUCUAUAGCAGGACACAAAUCCUAGAUAUGAGAUCAAGUCUGAAGAAAGGAAUGGAGAGGAAAGCCAACUGGCUCAAUGGAUAGAGAGCCCAACCUAGAGAAAUCCUGGGUUCAAAAUUGGUCCCAGAUACUUCCUAGCUCUUUGACCCUGGGCAAGUCACUUAACCUCAAUUGUCUAGCCAUUACAGCUCUUCUGCCUUAGAACCAAUACUUAAUAUUGAUUCUAAAACAAAAGAUAAGGCUUAAAAAAAAACAAAUAAGAAUGGAGAUAGGAAAUGGGAUAUUAUGGAGGAGUAACAUGAAGGGCAAUUUGUCCAAAACAUAGAAUGUAAAUCAUAUAGGAUAAGGCCAGAAAGAGAGACAGGAGCUAGAAUGGCGACAUGGUCAGAACUCUGCUUUAGAAAUAUAAAUUUAGCAUCUGAGUGACAGAUGGACUAAAGAUGGGAGAGGCUGGAUGUAGGAAGCUAGAGAUCAUGAAAGAAUGAAGAAGCCUCAAGCCUGGGGGAUUGUGUGAUUGAAGGCAAGGACAUUCAUGAAAUAAAUAUUGUGGAAGUGGAAUUGGCAAGAUUCAACAACUGAUUGUUGCUGAUGAUAAAGGAAGAAAAGGAAGUGUUGAGGAUGGUUCCAAAGUUGUGAAUUCAGGUGCCUGAAUGGAUAAUAAUAUCUUCAACAGAAAUUGGGAGGUUAGAAAGAGCAAAAGCUUUAAGGGGUAAAGAUAAUGAGUUACAUUUUGGACAUACUGAAUUUGGGAUGUCUAGGGUAAUAUACUUGGAGAUUUUUUUUUAACCCAUACCUUCCAUCUUAAAAUCAAUGCCAGGUAUUGGUUCCAAGACAAAAGAGUGCAAGGGCAAGGCAAUUGGGGUUAAGUGACUUCCAGGGAUCACACAGAAAGUAUCGAAGGCUAGAUGUGAACCUACGAUUUCCUGUCUAGGUCUAGGCCUGGCUUUCUGUCCACUGAAGCCAUCUAGCUGCCCUGACUUGGAGAUAUUCAUAGAAAUAGGAAUCAAGACAUAAAAGUACGACCAAGGAAGGUACAAAAGGGGAAAACUAGACCUGAGAAGUCACCAGAGUCAGAUCAUAGAUAAGUUAUACGAGUGUGUACAGAUAAUUCCCCUAUAGAUAUGCCCUCUUUCCCAUUAAAAUUUAGAAGAAAAAUUAUAUUCCUGGCAUUUAGCCCAGGAUCUAACAUAUCAUAAGUGCUUAAUAAAUGCAUUUUCAUCCAUUCAUUAGAUAACCUUUAAUGUUCAUUCUAGCUCUAAAUCGGUGACCAUAUAUUAUUGAAUACUAGAGUUAUCUAUAUUUGCAUCAUCCCCUUAGUGUACUACAGAUUCCAUUGAGAUAGAAGCCUUAUUUUAGCUAAAUGUUUUAUAUCCCCUCUUCUUUUACAAUGGAGCUCCCUACCUAUUAGAGUCUUAUUAAAUGUGCUAAAUGAAUGAAUGACCCAGAAUCAUCAUGCAUAUGUCUUGGAAGCUCAUGGGCAACGGUUUCCUGGAUAUAUCUUUCAUCUAACACUGAAGCAUUUUCUGUUUCUUUCUGUUUGAUAUUUUUGCCUCCUUUGGUUGCAAAAAAGGUUUAGAAACACUCUCCUACCUCCACCCCCAAUGGCUUUGACUUGGUGAGAUCUUGGUCACGCUUUAAUAUGCUUCUCUAACUAGUAGUUAUUACUAUCCAAUUUAAUUUAAUUUAAUUUAAUCCAAAGUUAAUUUUUGUAUUUAGCUAAAAAGAUAUCUGCCUGAAAAUAACAGUGGGAAAGAAGAAAGAAAGCCAUUGUCCAGGUCCCACUUUCACCUUCUAACUGAACUUCUAACUCUAAAGAAAUGUAACUUCUGAACCUCCCUAGCCAUCCUUUCUCAUUGAUAACCAAGCACGUGGAAAAUCAAGUAGGGGAUGGCGUUUUCUGUUGUUUUUGUUGUUUUAAUGAUCGUUCAUAGUCAACAUUUCUAUUAACAUGCAUGCUCAGAAACUAACUCUCGGCUGCUUCUAAUCCAUGUCUGGAGAAGCAGUUUGGUUCAGUGCUUAUUUUUAACAGAAGACGAGAUUGCCUGCUUUUCCUCUAUGCAACACAUUGAUUAAUGUGCCCAGGGACCCGCUCAGUUCUCACACUUACACAACCUACUCAUGUGCUUCUUCAGGCUGAGUGAUUCUGUGGAAGGAACUGAGGGGGAACGAAGGCCACAUUAAAGGAGAAAUGGAAUCAGACAAGAUUAAGGAAGAAGACUAGAUUGAAACCAUGCAUCUGCAAAUGUUGUUUACGGUGUCUAGUAGAACAUGAAUUUGACCUUUAGACCUCAAGAAGAUCCCUCGUUUUCCAUAUUACCAACAUUUUUUAGAAACUGAUGACUAAAUUGGUAUAUGGUUGGUCCAUGCCUCACUUCUUAGAAUUCUCAGUUCUGAACUGAUCUGAUUGCUAAAUCAUUUCCCCAUUAUCAUUUUGUAAGCAGAUCCACCCAGACAUCCAAAUAACAUGGUGUUCAGAGAUCAAAAUGAAGUCACCCAUGAAGUGCUCAGAUCCUACGCUUUUUAGACUUGUGGCUGGAGCCUUGUUCUUCCUGUCACAUCAUGCCACCAUCUGUUUACGAGAAAUUACUAGUGUUCUAUAUAGUUUAUCUCAGUGGCCUUAUUACCAAAAAGAAAAAAGAAAAAAAGUCAAUGAUUCGGUUUAAAUGUUUCCAUAAUGAAGGCCAUUAUUAGACAAGUGCUCGUGUGUAAUAUCCGCUUUUUAAAACCUCAUUUCAAGGUUUGAUAGCGUCACCAGAUACAGUGUUUUUAACAAAAUCGAGUAUUGUCCAAUUAAAAGAAAUGAAAAGAACAUGGUAAUGAGAAACUCUGUUGUUUUUUUUCUGGAACAUUGACUUUUAUUGGGAAAAUGGCUUGAUUCAAUCCUACAAAAAAACAUUAAUUAAACACCUACUAUAUGCAAGACCCUGGAAGUGUACAGAGAUGAGCAAAGAGUAAAAGAGUCUCUUCAUUCAAAGAACCUUCUCUACCUGGACAGGCACCAUGUGAACACAAAUAAGGAUAAUACAAAGUCAAGUGUGAUUGGGUCCAAGAAGAAAGCAAAUAAAUAAAUUAAUUAAUUAACUGGGGGGAUUGGGAAAGGCUUCAUGGAAGAGGUUACUAUUGAGUUGGGCGUUGAAGGAAAAAGAGGAUUUCAAGUAGACCUUGUAAAAGCUUCUUUUCCAACUUUAGCCUUAGAAGUAAAGUUAUUCACUAAAUUUAAUCAUUGAUUAUUUUUCCUACCAGGAGUGAACUUCUGCCUAAACACAUGGAAUGCUGGGAGGAAUCUUUCAAAAUUUUUCAACCAGUGUUUUCCCAUAUUCUGACAAUCAUUAGACUCUUUUGAAUCAAGCCCAUGCUAAGAGGUUCUCCCUAAAACUUUUCAGAGUUUGGCAAAAAUUUGGUAACAACAAUGAAGUUUUUUAAAGUUAGCAAUUCAACAAUAUAAAACUAAAGACUGUCAUUAUUAGAAUUAGCUCUUCAGAGUGUUGUUAGUUUAAAAAGUUAGAUACAUGAACUUCAAAGUACAAAAAAAGGGCAUUUUCUCUGACAUUUCAAGGGUUAAUAUCUAGCAGCAUAUUCUACCCAGUGGAAGCAAGGUGACCUGUCUGUGCAAUCAUCCCUAAAAUUUGAUACAGUCUCCAGUCACUUCCUUAAGGGAGCAUGUUGCAGUGGGAAGGAGGGAUGGAUCUGGAAUUAGAGGACCCAAGUUCAAAUUCUGGUUCUUGUUACUUUAUAUGACUUCCAAUGAGGGACUUUACUUCUUUGGACUUCUCACAUCUGUAAUAUAAGGAAUAAGGAGACUGGACCAAAUGACUUCUGAGAUCCCCUUCAGCUCCAAUUCAUGGACCCUAUGAUCCUAUGGCCAACUGAGAAAAUAUGUAUCCUUUUGCCUGGCAUUCAAAGCCUACAGUAGCCCAGAUUUUGUCACCAGAUUCACAAAAUGUGAAAAACAGAGGAUUUCUUGAUACUUAAAUCUUAACUUUAUGUCCUAAUUGACAUUGAAAACAGUAUUUUCUUAAUGAUUUAUAAAUAUCUCAUCUUCCUAAGUCACAUAUAAUUCAAUUCUUCCUUCACAAUAAACUAAAAUGGUCAUCACCCCCUCAGUCUUUCUUUAAAAAACAAACAAAAAAGUCUCUACCUUCUGUCUUAGAAUCAAUAUUGUAUAUUGGUUCUAAGGCAGAAGAGUGGUACAGGCUAGGUUAUGAGGGUUAAGUGACUUGCCCAGGGUCACACAGUUAAGAAGUGUCUGAGACCAGAUUUGAACCCAGGAACUCCCAUCUCUAGACCUGCUCUCUAUCCACUGAACCACUUAGCUGCCCCACAUCUGUGUAACCUAUCAUUCCCCCCCCCCACUGUCCUCUACCCACUUCUCUGUCCCCAGACAUGCCCUGUUCAUUCCCACUUCCAAGCCUUUGUGGCUGGCAUUUCCUUUACUUGAAAUGCACUGUCUUUCCCUCCUCACUUUCUGAUCCAGCCUUUUCAAUCCAACUCAAAUGUUACCUCAGCUGUGAAGUCUUCCCCAAUGCCUUUCCUUUCCGUUUAGGACCUCCCAUCACACUUUGUGUUACUCUUUGCACUCACAGUAUUGUGCAUCCUAGUUAUGGCUUCUUAUCUAAAUUCGGUACCUUCCCCAUCACUUACCACAUUGCUCGGCACCCUCUUUUCUUGGGGGUGGGGGUGGCAGUGGCUAAUCUGGGAUUUAAUUGGUAUAAGGAACUCAUAGCAAAGAAAGAGUUUCUACCAGACUAGAACUGCCACCAUUCCACAAUUUGUAGUAUUGGGUUGAUUAACAAAGUUUUACACAGAAAGUGAACAACUUAGAAGGAAAAUAGAUAAUGGAGGGGAAAAUCUUUGCAAUGAGCUUUUUUUUUUUCUGAUGAACAUUUCCUUCCCAAAAUAUAUAAGAAAAUGAUUCACUUUUAAAAGAUCAACAGCUAUUUUUUUAUAGAUCAUUAAUCAAAGGAUAUGAACAGGCAGUUUUUUUUUUUAAAGAAAGAAUCCACGCUAUCAAUAACCCUAUGAAAAAUGCACUCAAUCACUAAUGAUUAGAGAAAGUAAAGAAAAUAACAGCAAAGUAAAGCAUCUUUGAUUUUCCACCUCACACCUAUGAGACUGGCAAAGAUGACACUCACACCUAUCACACUGGCAAAGAUGACACUCAAAAAGGAAAUGACAAAUAUGAAGGGACUGUGCAGAAACAAGGAAAUGUACUAUUUGUAGAGCUGUGAAUUGAUCCAGCCAUUCUGGAAAACAAUUCAGCACUAGACCCAGAAAGUUACCAAACAGUGCACAUUCUUUGACCCGGCUAUAUCACUGGCAGAUGCAACCCCCGAAGAAACCAAAGAAAGAAGAAACGGAUCUUUACAUGGAAAAAUUCUCAUAGCUGCUCUUGUCGUUCGCCAAAGAUUGGCAACCAAGGGGCUGUCCUCUUGUGGAAUGUGAUAUCUUGUGAUAUCUUAACAUAAUGAAACCUUUUUCUACCAUAAGAAAUUAUAAAAUAGACAAUAUAAGGAGAAAUUGGGAAGAACUUUACAAUGUAGGGCAAAAUGAGAAGAGCUAAAGAACCAUUUAGAUGAUGAUUCCAACAUUGAAGAGAAAAAAACAAGUUUGAAGGAUGUUAGAAUUCUCAUCAAUGCAGUGAUAAACCAGGAGUCUAAAAGAAUGAAGAUGAUUCCCAAGGCUUACCUCCAAACAAAGGGAUUGUGAUAAACUUUGAAUGCAGAAAGAAAAACACAUUUUUCAGACAUGGCUAACAUAGGAAUGUGUUUUAUCUAGACCGUACUUGAAGCCUGUCCCACUUGAUAGGACUGACAGUGUUAGGUAUUGAUGGAUUUGGUUUUUGUUUUGUUUUAUUUUGGUUUCAAUUGGUGCAAUGUAAGGGAGGGUGAAAUAGAGGGAGCAAGACUAUUAUUUUGAAAAACAUUACUUGAGAAGUUUCUUUUCAGAAUAAGAAAAAAAUUAAGAGUAUUGCUUCUAACUUUCUGUUAGAGAACAGAUGGACUAAAUGUGCAGAAUGAGACCUCAUCUUUUUAGACAUGGACAAUGUGGGAAUUUGUUUUACAUAUUUGUCACAGGAGUUUUCUUUUUUUAUAUAUUUUUUCCACUUGGGUAGCAUAGGAGGUGGGACUGAAAGAAAAAUGCUGGAAUAGUUUGGUAGCACGGUGGAUAGAGUAUCAGGCCUGAAGUCAAGAGGCCCUGGUUCAAAUAUGGCUUCAGACAUUUCCAAGCUGUGCAGCCUUUGGCAAGUUAUAUAACCCCCAUCUCCUAGCCCUUGCCUCUCUUCUGUAUUAGCAUCGAUACUAAGGUAGAUGGUAAAGCUUUAAAAAAGGAAGAAAGGAAGGAAGGAAGGAAGGAAGGAAGGAAGGAAGGAAGGAAGGAAGGAAGGAAGGAAGGAAGGAAGGAAGCAAGGAAGGAGGAAAAGAAGGAAAGAGGAAAGGAAAGGAAAAAAAACACUUGUUAUUUGUUGGGGGGGUUGAUUUUUUUAAAAAGGAGUGCAGCAAGGUGAACUGAAAAGUUAAGUAGCUUGAUAAAGAGUCAGCCAGUGUCAGAGGUAAGACUUAAAUAAGUCUUUCUACCUUCCACUUUAUGCUGUCUCUCACCAUGAACCCAGUACAUACUUAAUGUUUGUUGUAUUUAUUUAAUGAAUCUUGUCAGGAUAUCCAUUUGGAUCCUUUCUUUAAUUUUACUUUUUCUGGAAUUUUAAAAAGGGGGGUUGAGAUUUAUAACUUUGACAUAGACCUGGACAAAGUCCCAGGAUGUGACUUUUUGCUUCAGAGCAUACCUUAGGGGAAAAAAGAUCCCGAAUUACUACAAAUUCUAUUUUUAUAGUUAACUCAUAACUCAACACAUUUUAUGAAAUAUCUCAUGAUAUGAAAAUAAAUAAUUGAACACUAGGCAUUUCCUUUUUGAAAAAGAGGUGAAAAUUCAGUGUUUUGUUUUGUAUUGUUUUCAAAGGUAAAGAAAUCUUAUUGUGGGGAAAAUUCUAAAUUUUGUUUUGAAAGCAUAUUUAACAGGGAAAAAUUUCACAGCAUCUUCUCAGUUUGAUUCAUCUGUAAGAAUAAAAAGGUUACACUAGACCUUAGGUGCCUUAUAGUUUUAGAUCUGUGAUUUUAUUUCCAAAAGUUAAUAAUAGUUAUAGACUAAAAAGAAAAAAAAUUCAAUUUUUUUCCAUAAAAUAUAUAUGUAUUUAUAUAUUAAUUAUACACAUACAUAUAUCUAGGUAUUAAGAAGAUAUCU